AUGGUGUUUGUAAUCUCCACCGUCAACAUCCUCAUCGGCCUGUUCGGCAGCACCGAAGACUUGGAAACUUGUAUUGGGUUGGUGAAGAAAUGGAAUCCCAACAUGAACAGCUACACUUACAAGUGCUUGCUUCAGGCCUUCCUGCGCUCUCGCGAUUCCGGCAAAGCUCUCGAUACUUACAUCGACAUGCGUCGGCGGGGUAACAAGCUCGACAUUUUUGCCUACAACAUGCUGCUGGAUGCGUUGGCGAAUGACGAAAAGGUUGAGGAUGCACGCAAGGUGUUUGAUGAUAUGAAGAAGAAGCAUUGCGAGCCGGAUGAGUUUACGUACACGAUUAUGAUCAGAGUGGUUGGGAAAUUGGGUAAGGGCGAUGAGUGUCUCGGGUUGUUUCAGGAGAUGGUGAACAAGGGUUGCGCUCCGAAUAUGAUGCUUUAUAAUACUAUGAUUCAGGCUCUUGCUCGGAGCAAGAUGGUUGACAAGGCCAUCAUUGUGUUCUCGAAAAUGGUACAGAACAAUUGCCGGCCUAAUGAAUUUACGUACAGUGUGGUUUUGAAUCUUUUGGUUGCAGAAGGGCAGGUCGAUGAGGUGGUGGGGAUGUCGACGAAGUACAUGACGAAGUCGAUAUAUGCAUAUCUUGUGAGGACAUUGAGUAAAUUGGGUCAUGCCGGGGAAGCUCACAGGUUGUUCUGCAACAUGUGGAGCUUCCAUGACAUGGGGGAUCGGGAUGCAUAUACUUCAAUGUUGGGGAGUUUAUGCAGUGCAGGUAAAACUGCAGAGGCGAUUGACAUGCUAAGUAACAUUCUUGAGAAAGGGAUAACUACUGAUACUAUCAUGUGCAACACGGUUUUGGCAGCUCUUGGAAAGUUGAAGCAGAUACCCCAUCUUCAUGAACUGUACGAAAAGAUGAAACUUGAUGGGCCCGAACCGGACAUAUUUACCUACAACAUUAUGAUUUCGAGCUUUGGUAGAGCUGGGAAGGUUCAUGAGGCUGUGACGAUAUUCGAACAUCUCGAGAAUAGUGAUUGUAAACUGGAUAUUAUCUCUUACAAUUCGUUGAUCAAUUGCCUUGGGAAAAAUGGUGAUGUGGAUGAAGCCCACAUGAGGUUUAAGGAGAUGCAAGAGAAGGGUUUUAGCCCUGAUGUCGUCACCUACAGCACUCUGAUCGAGUGCUUUGGCAAGACGGGUAGGGUUGAAGUGGCAUGCAGGCUGUUCGACAACAUGCUUGCUCAAGGCUGCUAUCCGAAUAUAGUGACAUACAACAUCUUGCUUGAUUGUCUUGAGAGGUGUGGGAGGACUGCUGAGGCAGUGGAUCUAUAUGCGAAACUUAAGCAGCAAGGGUUGACACCGGAUUGGAUUACAUACGCAGUGCUUGAACGGUUGCAGAGUGUUAAGCAAAGUCCGAUCACAGGUUGGGUUGUGAGCCCUUUAAGGUGAUGAAUGGUGUAGAUAUACCAAAUUUUGCAUUAUUGCUUCUUUGGAGCCAGUUUCCAGUUCCUCCCAAGGCCGAAGCAUGUGGCUGCUGCUGCGACUACUCAAGAAACUUGCUUCCCACGGAGCCAUCACAACGAGGACCCGUUUUGUUCGCGGAAUGAGUUACUUGGGCAUGAAAAUUCAUGCUCAUUCCUGUGAGAUAGAAACUGCCUCACUUGAGUUUUCGACAAAAAAUGAUUCUCACUUGUGGAACAUCACAAAUUUAGUCACAGAUUCACAAGUGUUGUUGAAAAAUUCAAUAAUUGAUGUGGAAGCAUGUCUUGUAUUUCAGAAUUGAUGUCUCACUGUCUUUCAGAAUCGAACUUUACGUGAACAAUGAACUUGUAUCGUUGCCUUC